AUGGUUCAAACACAACGAGAUUUUCGAACUAACUUUAAUAUUCCGCGUGAUGGAACGAUUUCUGACCGUAAUACCAUUUUGAGAUGUGUCACAGCGUUCAACAUAACAGGCACGGUGUUGAUGAAAAGAACUAACCGACGAAAUCGGGCUAUUAGAACACUCGAAAACGUGGACAGUGUAAGGUUGGAAUGGUUGGAUACAUUACGGAGCCCCAACCGUUCUGUCAGUUUGCGAGCUGUUGCUCUUGGGUUCAACGAAUCAAGUGUACGUCAAAUUUUAAAAAUCGAUUUAGCGUUUCAUUCCUAUAAAAUCCAAGUUUGCCAUCAAUUAUUGGCUGGUGAUAACCAACAGCGUAUUAAUUUUGCUCAGCUUAUGAUUUAA